CUCACCAUCCCCCCUCCCCGACCUCUCGUGCCCUGCGGACAGCAUAUGCGCGAGGCUGCGGAGCGGCGGCAGCAGCUCGAGUUGGAGCAUGAGCAGGCCUUGGCUGUACUCAAUGCAAAGCAGCAGGAGAUUGACCUGCUUCAGAAGGCUCAGGUUGAGGCUAAAAAGGAACAUGAGGGCGCUGUCCAUCUGUUAGAGAACCACUUGGACAGCAUGCAGGCCAAAGUGCGCGAGCUGGAGGAGAAAUGUCGGAAUCAGAGCGAGCAGUUCAACCUGCUGUCCAAAGAGUUGGAGAAGUUUCGCUUGCAGGCCGGGUUCGACAUCCUCAGCACUGAACCUUUGACAGUGUGUGAGUCACCUGCUUCUCCCAACAAAUCUCUUUCCCAGCUCCUCAAUGGAUUGGCAACCCCCGUAGGCAAAGGCAGCGAGUCACCGACGAGCAGGUCUUUGAUAUCGGAGUUCAUCCGUCCACUGCAGAGCGCCAGCGACAAAGCGGAGCUUCUCUCGGUCAAGCCGACGUUCCUGCAUCGCAGUCGAGGCGGCACCGGCGCGGCACGCACGCUACUCUCGGAGAUGGACAAAGAGCUCGGUUCAACCACCAGGUCUAAACCAAGGUUUACAGGGAAGGUCCGUCUGUGUAUAGCUCGCUACAGUUACAAUCCUUACGAUGGGCCAAAUGAACAUCCAGAAGCUGAGCUCGCCCUGGUGGCAGGAAAGUACCUCUACGUUUACGGAACGAUGGACGAGGAUGGCUUUUAUGAAGGAGAGCUGCUAGAUGGCCAACGGGGACUCGUCCCCUCCAAUUUUGUGGAUUUUAUACAGGAGGAGACAUCCUCCGUUCAACGCAGGGACUCGCUAGCUAAAGAACCUGGCAACCUCAACCACAGUAGCCUGGGACCUCAGAGACCGGGGGUCAGCAGGGGGAUCGGGACGGGUUUCGGCAGCCUGCUGUCUGACGACAAACAAGGCUGUCCUAACAGCAGCAGCAGCAGUCUGGGCGCGGACCUCCUGGGCUCCUCCAGCAACGGGACAGGAACCUUAGAUGUCAGUAUUGACGAGGUCGGUGAAAACGUUGUGCCUUACCCUCGCCGCAUUAACCUGAUUAAACAACUGGCCAAGAGUAUCAUCAUUGGCUGGGACCCCCCUGUGGUUCCUCCUGGCUGGGGCUCCAUCAGUGGCUACAACGUCUCGGUGGAUAAGGAGUUACGGAUGAGCGUCCCCUACGGGGGCAGGACUAAGGCCCUUAUCGAGAAACUCAACCUGGCGACCAACACUUACCGGAUCUCGGUGCAGAGCGUCACCGAGCGCGGCUUGUCAGACGAGCUGCGGUGCACGCUGCUGGUGGGCAAAGACGUGGUGGUGGCACCUUACUACUUGCGGGUGGACAACAUCACGCAGGGCUCAGCGGAGCUCUCGUGGAUGCCCAGCAACAGCAACUACAGUCACAGCCUCUUCCUUAACGGCGCCGAGUACGACGUGAUCAAGGCCGGGGGGUAUCAAUAUCAGUUCUUCAACCUGAAGCCCAUGACGGUUUACAAAGUGAAGGUUGUGGCACAGACGCACCAGGUGCCUUGGCAGCUUCCGACGGAGCAGAGGGACAAGAGGGAAAUCUCUGUGGAAUUCUGCACUCAACCUGCAGGUCCCCCACUCCCUCCACAGGAGGUUCAGGUCCAGUGUGGGCAGACACCCGGGGUCCUGCAGGUUAGAUGGAAGCCCCCACCGCUGACUACGGCUGGCACUUCCAACGGUGCCAGCGUAAUCGGCUACGCUGUGUGCACAAAGGGACAAAAGAUUGCCGAGGUCUUGUACCCCACCGCCGACUACGUGACGGUGGAGUUAAACAGAAUCCAAUGCCUGGAGGCCAGGGAGGUCAUUGUAAGGACAUUAUCGACACAAGGAGAGUCCCAGGAUUCCCCCGUGGCCAUCAUCCCGCAUAAUCUCUUGGGCUCGCCGCGCCUCGCUCACCGAACUACUGGGCCGCCCCCGCCGCCGCCGCACUCUGUGCCGCAGCCGGCGUCCUGCCCCGCUCUCUCCCAAACCCGUCCUCCGUAUCCAUCCACGUACCCGCUGAUCCACCCCCAACCGCAGGUGCGGCAUCCUCUGCCUCCAGCCCAGCCCCACACGUUGCCCUGCACGCAGACGCGCCCGCAGCCCAUCUGUCACCCUCCGCCCCACGCCAGUCCUCAGUUCCAGCGCCAGCCCGCGCCCAAGUCACAUCCGCUCAUAAGUGCCACAGAGCCAGAAACCAAAGAGCGCGAGGCGGGCGUGCGGCCCGGACCGCCCUGGGAACCCUCCCACUCGCCCCUGCCUCCAGCACACGGCGCCGACCUGGAGCCGCCGCCCUUCCAAAGCCGCCGAUCGCCCUCGCCUCAGAGGAUCCUGCCGCAGCCUCAGGGAGUCCCCAUCCCCAACACCGUCGCCAAGGCCAUGGCCAGGGAAGCUGCCCAGAGAGUCUUUGCUCAAGGCAACAGGGUGGAGAAGAGGAACAUCUUCAGCGAGCGAGGCGACGCCUUGCACCCGCUAAACUCCGACGACGAGGAGGACGGCUACGACUCUCCUCACGCAAGAAGGAGAGGCGCCUCCGUGGAUGAAUUUCUUCGAGGCUCCGAACUGGGCAGACAGUACCACCAUCAUCACCAUCACCAUCACCCGCACCAUCAGCACUACAGCCACAGUGAGGAGUACUACACGGAGAGCAGCCGUGGCUCGGACUUGUCCGACAUCAUGGAGGAGGACGAGGAAGACCUCUACUCCGAGAUGCAAUUGGAAGAGGGCCGGCGGAGGAGCAUCAACUCUCACAACUCUCUCAAGCUCGUUGGAAACUCGCCAUCUCACGGGAACGCCGAGCGCCUGGACCACGCGGGGCGGAGGCCGGUCCACGUCGGCAGCCCCCCUCAGCGACGGCCCAUCCCGUCCAUCGAGAUCACCAUGGACAGUAACAGUGAGGGGAGUGAGGGGAACCUCUCACCCGUCAAGGAGGAUGUUUACUAUGGCAGUGUAGCUCGCCGAAGGAUAUGGCCAUCUGUGUCCUCAGACGAUCCAUAUGACAGCUACGGCGGGCGUAGGCAGGGGCGGGGCCGCCCCUCGCCGGACUACUUUGAGCGAUCGGAAGCGGACGGGCUGACCCGCGUCUUUGUGGCCCUGUUCGACUACGACCCGCUGUCCAUGUCUCCCAACCCCGACGCCGUCGACGAGGAGCUUCCGUUCAAGGAGGGCCAGGUCAUCAAGGUGUUUGGAAAAAAAGACACGGACGGCUUCUACAGGGCAGAAAUCCGAGAGCGAGUGGGCUUGAUCCCCUGCAACAUGGUGUCUGAAAUCCAAACGGAGGACGGUAACAUGAUGGGCCAGCUCCUCAAACAAGGCUUUCUGCCGCUCAACACUCCCGUGGACAAGUUGGUAAACUGUGAUCGAUUCAAAGAUGGACGUGCAAUCAACCGCAGGUCCAGGAAGUCCAAGCGAGAGCGGAACAGACGGAGCGGCCGUCAGCACCCGAUGUCAACCCGCAGAAUGGUGGCGCUGUAUGACUACGACCCCAGGGAGAGCUCCCCAAACAUCGACAUGGAGGCUGAACUGACUUUCUGUGCCGGGGAUGUCAUCACGGUUUUUGGGGAAAUAGAUGAAGAUGGAUUUUAUUAUGGGGAGCUCAACGGGCACAACGGACUCGUUCCUUCCAACUUUCUCGAAGAAGUGCCUGACGAUGUGGAGGUUUUUCUCACGGACUCACCAUCUCGAUACCCCCAGGACACGCCCGCACGGCUGAAGACUAAAAGGGUUCCGUGGGACAAAUGGGAUCCGCCCAGAAGAGCAGGCUCUCCCACAGUGCAUCCACACAUCCUGCAGUCCCAUCAGGGCCCCACUGGACACGCACGGCUCCAAAAUGACAAAAGGACCGCAGUCCCGAGGGAAGAAACUGUUGCUUGGCGCUCUUAACAGACAACUUGACCCGUUUGUGACUCUCAGUGGACAGGUGGCAUUUCUUCCCUGACAGAAUCUUGUUUCACACUAGCAAAGCCUUGACAAGUUCCUCGUGGAAACUGAGAGUAUGUUGUGCUUUAACACGGUUUGCUCAGUUUGCUGUGGAUUAGGCCCGGUACACACACAAAGACACUUGGCCUGUUUUUGUCCCGAGUUUGCCUCUUCCCGAACAAGCAAGUCAAACCAAUCUUAGAAGUGGAUCUUAUCAGGCUGACUUUUGGUCUCAUGUGUGUUAAUUGGUAGUGGAUUUGUCACAGUUUUAGGUUCAGAAAGAAGUCGGGGCUGAAAUCUUACAAAAUGAAGGUUUUCAAUACUCUGCAUUGCAUGUGGGGGGCCACUGACCUCUCCUGAGUCAUGACGCUGAGAAGUGUGACAAUGGACAGGGAGUAGCUAACAGGCAUCCUGACAAAACAAAAUGAAAUUUUCUUGUUCCAUUCAUUGUAAUUGCAAAAACACAUUUUUUAGGUUUGGAACAGAUUAUUUCUUUUUCCAUUCAUUGUAAUAGGAAACAUUGAUUACGUUUUUGAACAAAUCACUACUCAAAAAACAAUUUCUUUUAGGUUUGGAAGGGAUUAUUUCUUUUUCCAUUCGUUUUAAUGUGGAAACAUUGAUUUAUUUUUCAAACAAAUCACUUCUCGAAAAACUAAUUUUUUUAGGCUUGGAACAGAUCAUUUCUUUUUCUAUUCAUUGUAAUGGGAAACAUUGAUUCCGUUUUCGAACAAAUCACUACUCAAAAAACAAUUUCUUUUAGGUUUGGAACAGAUUAUUUCUUUUUCCAUUCAUUUUAAUGUGGAAACAUUGAUUUAUGUUUCGAACAAAUCACUUCUCGAAAAACUAAUUUUUUUAGGCUUGGAACAGAUCAUUUCUUUUUCUAUUCAUUGUAAUGGGAAACAUUGAUUCUGUUUUCGAACAAAUCACUACUCAAAAAACAAUUUCUUUUAGGUUUGGAACAGAUUAUUUCUUUUUCCAUUCAUUUUAAUGUGGAAACAUUGAUUCAGUUUUCGAACAAAUUCUCGAAAAACAAAUUUCUUUAGGCUUGGAACGGAUUAUUUCUUUUUCUAUUCAUUGUAAUGGGAAACAUUUAUUCCGUUUUUGAACAAAUUACUUCUCGAAAAAACUCAUUUUUUAGGCUUGAAAUGGAUUAUUUCUUGUGCUAUUCGUUUUAAUGGGAAACAUUGAUUCGGUUUUCGAACAAAUUCUCGAAAAACACAUUUUUUAGGCUUGGAACGGAUUAUUUCUUUUUCCAUUCAUUGCUCGGUUGCCUUGACUCACAUAUGAACUUAAUUGACAUGCCAUUCCUUUUUAAAAACUGGGCGGUCCCCCAGCCUAACUGAAGUGCCCUGCCCAGUCCCAAAGGGGAGGGGCAAGGGUACUGGACCACUACCACUCCCCAACACCGCCACCCCCAGAGAGCAGGACCUAGCUCCUAUCUGGAAAGGUCAGAACCCGCCAAAAGCGAGUCCACGUUGGGCAACUGCCGCAAACUCGACCCGAUAGACCAGUUUUGGGAAGAAUUCGAGUGGAGACUGAGAGCCAGAUCCAGAAACACGUCAUAUUGAUCAGCAAUGGGAUUCGACUUCCGGUAGGUUCUUUUGUGAGUUAAGGCAAGCGAGCUCGUACCUGGGGUAAAAAAAAGCGUAUUUUCGUUGCGUUAGAAGAUUUCUUCUUCGUUUAUUUUACUUCAGGUGGGAUUUCGAGAUCAGCGGUGGGGCAGAAACUUGCGUCGUUGAAAUUGUUGCCGCACAGCACACAAUGCACAAUGCAAGUAAAACUGUGAGCUGCGAGAUUUUUUUGAAUGUUCAUGUGUGGGGGGUUUUGUCGCCCGAUCAAUAAUCUUAUCAACGUGAAAAGUCCUUCUGUGUGUACCAGGUCUUAAUCAGCAGUUAUCAAGCGGACCACAAGGGACGGUCCAAGCAACAGAGGGUCUCGGUAGCCGCUUCCGCCCGACAUCUCCGCACACAGAACUUGCCUUAAUUGAUCGGUUAGUUUUGCUUUGUCAAGCGACGUCGGCACUUUUCAUCCGUUGUCCGAGAUCCUGUCACUGUCCCAUUUCCUGAAAAAUCACAUCUUGCAUGUAACCCUCCGAGAGUCUUUCGGAUGAUGACUUCAAAAUGCUAUUUUUUUAUUUUAUU